AAGCUAGCUAGUCCAUAUGUUUGCGUCGCGGACCACCACUCCACAAUACACAAAGCGGCUGCGGAUGUGAGUACUAUAAAGAAAGCGAUGAGGCGCCAGGCCGGUAGCCAAGGAUCGAGUCGUUUAAUUUUCUACUAGGAGCUAGCAGCGAGCGGGUUAUUUGCAACGACGGCAUCGUCUUGGCGUUGGCGGGCGUGUUUGGCACCAUGGGCGACUACUACUACCGCCGCCGCUCGCCGCACCUCCUCCCGGCGGCGGUGCUGGCGCUGCUCGCCGUCGUCGUCGUCGUGAGCAGCAGCCUCCCGAGUGCGGCGGCGGCGGGGGCGGGCCGGAAUGUGAUCACGCACAUCAAGGGCUUCGAAGGCCCUCUGCCCUUCCACCUCGAGACAGGGUACGUGGAGGUGGACGAGGAGCACGGCGCGCGCCUCUUCUACUACUUCAUCGAGUCGGAGAGGAACCCGGCGGAGGACCCGCUCAUCCUCUGGAUCACCGGCGGCCCCGGAUGCUCCGCGCUCUCUGGACUCCUCUUCGAGAUCGCCUGUAUGGCGCAAUGGAUGACCCAGUUUUUCCCAUCUGAAUUCCGCAAUUGGACAAAUAUAUGGGGAAGCUGGUUCUUGGACUUGUGUUAUCAAGAAGAAGAGUCAUGCUCCUCCACCACCUCCCCCAUUGGACCCCUCAAGUUCGAUGUGGCGGGGUACACGGAAGGGUUCCCGCGGCUGGUCUACUUCGAGGAUUCAUGGACCAAGGUGAGCAACGUGAUCUUCCUUGACGCGCCGGUGGGGACGGGCUUCUCCUACUCGCGGGAGGAGGCCGGCCUGAACGUGAGCCUGACGGAGUCCGGGCGGCAGCACCACGUGUUCCUCCGCAAGUGGGUGGCGGAGCACCCCGAGUUCGCGUCCAACCCGCUGUACAUCGGCGGCGACUCCUACUCGGGCUACACCGUGCCCGUGACGGCGAUGGACAUCGCCACCAGCAGCGACGACGAGGAGCCGCCGAAGCUGAACCUUGUGGGCUACCUGGUGGGCAACGCCGCGACGGACGACCGGUACGACACGGGGGGCAAGGUGCCGUUCAUGCACGGCAUGGGGCUCAUCUCCGACGAGCUGUACGAGGCGGCGAAGCAGGGCUGCGGCGGCGACUUCUACGUGGCGCCGGACCCCACCAACGCGCGGUGCGCCAGCGCGAUGAUGGCCAUCAACAUGGUGACCUUCGCCGUGAACCCCGUGCACAUCCUGGAGCCCUUCUGCGGCGCGGCCGUGCGGGCCGGCGGCGGCAGCAUCUUCCAGGGCUACGGCGGCGGCGCGAGGCGGUCGAUGCUGGUGCGUGACGACGUCCGCCACCCGGGCUUCUUCGCCAAGCAGCGGCUGGGCCUGCCCGUGGAGUGCAGGGACAACGGGUACCGGCUGUCCUACAUCUGGGCCGACGACCCGGAGGUGAGGGAGGCGCUCGGCAUCCUCGAGGGUUCCAUUGGUUCGUGGAGCCGGUGCACCAUGCUGUCGCACUACAGGCACGACGUCACCACCGUCAUCCCCUACCAUGUCAACCUCACCAAGGCAGGAUACAGGGCGCUUGUGUACAACGGCGAUCAUGACCUAGACAUGACCUUCGUGGGCACCCAAGAGUGGAUCAGAAGCAUCGGCUACCCCAUCGUCAGCGACUGGAGACCAUGGUUCGCCAACCGACAGGUCGCAGGGUUCACAAGAACAUACGCCCACAACCUUACUUUCGCCACUGUGAAGGGAGGAGGGCACACAGCUCCGGAGUACAGGCCGAAAGAGUGUCAGGCCAUGUUGGAUCGAUGGACAUCAGAAGCAGGCCAACUCUGAUGAAUGUGGUGACCGCGGAAUUAACAAAGUACGUCGUCGUUGGUGUCUCUCCGUCGAAUUACUCAUAUGUAAUAAUAAUAAUAAGACGGGCUUUAAUUUGAUUCAUAGCUAGGGAGAGGCAGGCAGCUUGUAGUACUUUUGGCUAUGAGCAUGUCUCACGCGUGUGGUUUCCAAGAACAUUCGAUACAACAAAAUGCUGGAUCACCCGACAGUAAAACCCAUUACUAAUAUAGAGCAGGUCCAACAAUGAGGGCCUCUUUGGCGGACACAUUACUACGUCAGUCCGCUGACGUGAGGGGCUAGCAAGGGGUGGACCUAUGUUUAUGGAGAGCGGGGCACAAGCCUCACUCAAUUUCGUUGUUUUAUGUAUUUACUGUAUCUACAAAGUUUUAAUCGUCA